AUGGCUGCUGAGUUAUGUCUAUCAUCACGGUUGAUAGAACUUCUUGGUGAUCGUUUAUUAUACGGUUCGACGACAGUGGAGAUUAAUGAGUCGACGUUCAAUGGUUCUUUAAUCGCAUUGUAUUUCGUCCCAUUAGGCAAUGAAACUGUUCAUACGAACGAUUUACGUGAUCUAUAUAAAACUGUAAACGAAAACGAGAAGACUCUCAGUAUUAUCCAGAUUUGUUAUCCAGAUACGGCAGUUGAUCGAAAAUGUUUUGACGGAUUGACCAAUAACGUUCCAUGGUAUUCGGUUCUUUAUGAAAACGUGGAGAAGCGGGUAAGCGAAUAGAAAACAUUAUAACUGGUAUAAAUUUCCUCAUUAAAAAUGUUCUUUUUAAAUAAGUACAAGAUAGAAAAUAACAGUAAUAUUAAACUGGUUUGAAUUACGAAAUCAAAAUUAAAAAUGAAUACAUUUUAUUAUUACCUAAUCUAGUAAUGGUAAAAAUGAGUUUUUCAACCAAAUAUUUUAGACUCUGAACGUAACGAGGGAGCUAUUUGUUUUACAAUGUUUAUUUUUUUCCAUCUUUGUUCUAGUUUGUGGACACGUUUUACCCUAGUAAACUUGUUCCGAUGUAUAAGUGUUGUACCUUUUAUGAAAGUUCAAGCUGUCUAGAUUGUACUUUAAAAAUGUCAUUUUUUGAUUUUCGACUUCAUUUUUUAAAUAAAAGCGCUUAAGUGGGAAAAAACUUAGGAAAACAUACAAUUUCACAAUUUCAUUAUUUUAUAAAAAUACGGACGACGUUUUCUACCAGAAAAAAUCACAAGACACCUUUUUUCGUUGCCUUUUUGAUUUAAUUUCUUACGGUAUUAUUACCAACAUUUUUAAGGAAUUUAAAUUUUUGGGAACUUUUUACGGUAAUUCGGUUAUAAAUACACGUAGAGACUUGCAACUUAGUAAUAAUACUUAUAUUGAACUUACCUAGACGUGGUAAAAUUUCUAAAAUUAUCGGACAACUUUUUUUUUUUAAUAAGCGUUUUUAAACCAAAUUUAAACGAAAAUCGCAAAAAAAAUUACGGUACUUCAAAUUAUGUAUUAUCGAACUGCGCUCGAAAACGUCUUUAUUUAAGCAAUGGUUUAUCAUUGCUUACAGAUAUAAAUGAAAUAACCUUAUGUAUCCAACCUUCACAACUUCUCACCUACAACAGUGGCAACUUCCAACCCCUGAAUUCAGCUCUUUUUUUAAUUUGAUUUUAAUAUCAUAGAUAUUACGUAAUUUAGGGUCUAAUCAUCCUAAUAAUUUUAAAAUAAAAUAUUUAAAAAAAGUUGUCUUAACAUUAAAAUACAACUUUACUAUAAGUAGGUAAAUUCCUUUAUCUGUGGUAGGUACCUACAUUAUUAUUUGAGCGAUUACCUUGAUCAAUAUAUAUUUUAUUUAUAUUAAUACCUAUAGUUUGUUUACACGUGCGUACUAAAAAACUAUACUUUUAAAAUAAAUACCUGUAUUAAUAUUGAUCAAUAUACACAGGGUGAUUUGUUUAUCAUUAUCAAUGAUCAUUCAUUAUUUCGCAAAGUAACUGUUUUGAAAAAAAAAUGUUUGCCUAUAAUUUAAGAAAAACAAGUAGAUCUAAAAUGUUACAUUACCAUUUUUUUAUCAUUUUCAUUUUUGGGAGUAAAACAACUUCUACUUUUAAUUUUAAAAUGAUAGUAGUGAAGUAUUAUUCAAAUAUCGCGUGCAUUACCCUGCCAUACAAACACUCCGCUAUUUUCUCCCCGCUCAAACCUAAAACUGGAAUAUCUCGUGAAUGGAUUGACGGAAAUCAAAAAUUUCAACACCAACAUUUUGGUGUUGAUCAAAUACUCUAUCAAUUUAUUGAAAUUUGAAUGUAACUUACCAUUUGAAAAUCCAAAGUUGGUAUAGAAUGACAUGGUAUUACAUUUAAAAAUUUGUGUGACAAAAUAUAAUAAAAAUGUAACAUUUUAGAGCUGCUUGUUUAGAAAAUUAUCAAACAGUUUUAGAAACAAGUCAAUACUUCGCCAAACAAUGAGUAUUCAAGGACAAAAUCUAUACAAAAUAAUCAAAUAAUUUUACCGAUUGUAGUACUGUAGUAGGUACUGUACCUAAAAAUGUACAGGACUUUGCUUUAGGUGAUUAAGAAUUAUUACAAUGAAGACCCUUCUAUGGUCAAAAUCCCAAAAGUGCGAUUUAGUAACCCCUCGGGAUUCUCGUAUUUUAAUAACAACUGCUCCUUCCCCACUAUGAGUAUCAGUUCUAUUUAAGCUUUAACGCACAUUAUUUCUCCCCAAGAUUUGGCACCCUCGAUAAUUUUUUUCAUUUUAUUGCUCUGGGGUUGCCAGUUUUGCUUAGCGACUCCACACGCACUUGCUAUCCAUGCAUUAACCAUAGUUGGGGAAGUGUCGCUGAUUUAUUAUAGUUUUACGCAUUCACUAACCCUCUCCUUUGUUGUUACACUUAGAUUUCCACCACUUUAAAAUCAAUACUACCAUAUACAUUACUACAUUAAUUAUAUACUAUUUUUUCAUUUUUUUAUUUCGAAGUUCAAAGUAACUAUUAAAACCUUUAUUUUAACAGACCGGUGCAUGUUCUUAUUGCACACUAUUGAUUUUCUGUUGCCAUUAAAUAAAGAAAAGUACUAUUGUAGAAUUAACUAUGCCGAUAUUAUAUUAAAUAUAAAUCUAUAUUUAUAGGUUAUAAUAUGGUUGUUAUAUUAUAAUAGGUUAAUAUAAUUAUUAUUAUUUUUUUUUUGUUUGAAAGAAAUAUCUAGAUAAUAUAUCUUGAGAAAUAUCUUGAUUUAUAUAUUUAAUAUUAUACUUACAUAUGCCUUUAUUGGUAAAUAACUUACCCAUAUUGACCUCUAAAUAUGCAUUUUUUAUGUGUAUUUGAUUUUGUGGUUUUCAGAUUCGUUUGAGACACAAAUAUCAUGUUGAAAAUGGUGAAACCUUGUUAAUUUUAAACGAUAAUCGUUUAGAAAAAGUUCAUACUCGAAAUGGACUAAAACUUCUAUCUUGUGGUAAAAGUUUUCCAUGGAUGGAGUUUUGGAAUGAAAAAGUUUGUCAAGAUGCAUUAAAACUUUUCUCAAAGGAAGCUAAUGAUACCAUAUAUGGUUUAUAUUUUUCGGCACAUUGGGUAUUAAUUAUGAUUUAUUCUAAUGAAGUAAUAUUUAAUAUUUACAAACUCUUUCAUUUAUAGUGCCCACCAUGCAAGGCUUUUAUUCCACAGCUCAUUCAUGCUUACAAUAGCAUAAAAAAUAAAAUCAAGUUUGAAAUAAUUUUCAUUAGUUCUGACAGGUAUAGUAAUACUAUGGUCAAUAUUGUAUCAUUUAUAUGAUAGUUUAUCUAACCUGUACUUAGGUACCUAAUUCAAAUCAAAUACAAUAUAUUAAAUUAAAUGUAGUUUUCGUUUUAAAUUAAUUAUAAGUACCAAUUAUACUGUUUUAUUAUUAUAAUCUAGUAAAACAAAAUGUUACCUACAAACACUUUCACUUUUUAAUAAUUUGUAUGGUUUUAUUUAUUGUAACAUAUAAUUUAAAGUAUCAAUAAUAAUAUCAAAAUGUUUACUUUUAUUUUUAGAUUAUAUAUUCAUGUUUUAAAUCAUAAUUGCAUAUUAUAUAGCAGAUUGAGUAUUUAUUAUUAUUAUAUUUUUUUUAAAAUAUUUUUAAUAUAAGGUAUUCAUGAUAUUUUUAUAUUAACAAUAUGUAAUUUGUUUUAAUUAUUAAACAAACAAAUCUAUAGUUUAAAGUAAAUGUAUAGAUUUUGAUUAGGUAUUAUUUAUUAACAUUAUAUAAAUAGUGUGUUAUUAUUUCAGAAGUGAACAAUCUUAUAACUCUCAUGCAUUAUUAAUGCCUUGGCUUUCUAUUCCAUACACCAAUACUACAUUACGACAAGAUCUGACUGAAUGUUUUAAUGUCCGUGGUAUCCCUUACCUAGUGUUGAUAGAUAAAAAUGGAAAUAUUAUUACAGAAAAUGCUCGCGCAGAAAUUAUUGAAGAUCCUGAUGGUUUGGUAAAAUAUUUUUGUUUCUUAAUUAAAGAAUAAUUGCUCAUAUAUAUUGAUGUAUUAUUGUAUUAUAAUUUGUUAUUAUGUUAAAUAUUUAUUUACAGUAUUUCCCAUGGAGAAAACGAUUUGUGUAUUCACUUUCCUCAAGACUAUUACCCAAACUUCAAAAUUAUCCAGCUGUAGUUUUAUUCAUCGAAGGAGACCAAGAAGAAGAACUAGAAUUAGCAGAAGGUGUUUUAUUACCUAUUGCACAGCAAGUUGCGAGAACUAAAACUAAUGCAUUAUAUGAUCUCUUAUUCUUUAUAGCACCUGAUGUAUGUAUAUACUAAAUGGACAUUAAUAUAUCAUACCUAGAGAAAUCACUUGUACAAAUUUGAAAACUACUUAUAUAAAAUUUGUUGAAUUUAUCAAUUUUAAAUUUAAAUAUUAUUCAACUUCAAAGAUGUAAAAUUUAUUUAGAAUUAACUGUUUUUGGUAUUUUAUUGCCAUAUCAAAUAAUUAAAUAUUGUAUUCUCAUAUUUUAAUAACAAUAUUAUCAAAUAGUGAAAUGUGCUUGUUUAACGAGAACUAUGUUAAAAAAUAUUUGUUGCGAUAACUAUCAACCUGCUCGAAUCAAUACAAAUUUAAACAAAUUAUUAUUAGCAAUGACAGUAAUAAUUAAAAAAAUAAAUAACUUACAGCAUAGUUAAAUAAAGUAAUUACUAAUAGGUGAUAUCCAUAAAAUUAAUAUAAAUUGUUUUACCUAUUUCCACGAAAAGAUAAAAUAGUUGGUUAUACUAUGUCAAAAAAUUUAUUUUUCAUGAUAAUAAUAUAUUUAAUAAUUCAUAACAAUAUUGAUUUUUCUAAGUGGGUAUGAUAUUUUUCUAUAAAUAUGUAAAUUAAUUAUAAAUCAAUAAAAUACUAUUUAUAUUUUACAGGAUGGUACAUCAGAUACUUUAAGACAUUUCGCAAGACUGGCUGAUGAUGCAGCCCCAUUAUUAACUCUCAUAGAUAUCCCAAUGGCCAGAAUUUCAGUCAUGGAAUAUGGAAUUCAUAUAACAGAAAAAUCUAUUAUGAAUUUUGUUCGUGGGUUUUUUGAUGGAACAAUGAUAUUUUCACCAAUACUUUAA